AUGGCCAAGACUCUUUUAGCAGAUGGGUGGCAUGAUUUGGACAACACAGAUUAUGACUGCUGGCCCUUGGAAAAACCGGAUGAGUAUAACAUGCUGGACUGUGGAGGUCUAGAGAUGGCUUGGGUCCAUAGGCCUCCAGAAAAAAUAAUAAGUGGAGAAUCCUUUGAUGUCAUCUACUCUGUCUUAGCUUCUGAUUACUUCUACCACUAUGCCGUGGAAAACGGGAUCUUCUCCCACAGAUAUAUAAGUGAUGCAAAAGCUGCUAAGAAGUUUUGUGAGGAACAGGAAUGUCCUCCCAACUGGAAAGAUGCAAACGGAGAAAACUGUUGUGUCCAUCAUGCGAACAUUCAUUCCUGUCCAUUGGCUUUCAUGGCAAAUGGUGGCAUAUGUGGACCAUGGAUCCCAGAUGAUGGUCAAAUAUUUACACAUACCGUGUCUACUGCUGGCAAAAUGACACAGACAAACUGGACUGCUAAGGUAGUCCUGGUACAUGUGGGUGUGACGUCUCUCAUAGCCCAUGUCAGAGUAGGAAAAAUGCAAGUGGCUUUAGAGGCCCAAACAAUAGUGCUCCCUGCAAUAGUCUGUGGGGAUGACAUUUGUGAAGAUGAUGAGAGCUGUUCUAUAUGUCCAGCUGAUUGUGGGGAAUGUCCCUUGACAACUGAAAUCAAGAUAGCCAUUGUUCUACCAAUAUGCUUAGUCUGCACUGGUUCCAUUUUGACAAUCUUGUGGUUUCAGUACCAAAAACAAAAAAUGUUUUGGGAUGAAAGCUGGAUUAUAGAUUACAGCUGUAUCAAGCAAGGCAUAGAAUCAAGAUUAACUGCCAUGAGUGCCUUAAGUAUCCCACGUGCACCCAGCAUGUCCAACACCAGCUGUCUCACAGGGUUGAGCUCCUGUACAGCAUCUGCCAAUGCUUCCAAGAUGAACUACUUCUCGCCCUCUGGAAUCUAUGAUGGCAGAACAGUUGCCAUCAAAAAAAUAAUGAAAAAGACAUUUACCCUUACCAAGACCAUACGGAAAGAAGUCAAGCAAGUAAGACAAUUAGAUCAUCCAAACAUUUGCAAAUUUAUUGGAGGCUGCAUUGAGGUACCAAAUAUUGCCAUAAUAACAGAAUAUUGCCCUAAAGGAAGUUUGAAUGAUGUGCUGCUUAAUGAAAACAUUCCUUUAAACUGGGGCUUCAGGCUUUCUUUCGCCACUGAUAUUGCCCAAGGAAUGGCGUAUCUUCACCAUCAUCGGAUUUAUCAUGGACAGCUGAAAUCAAGGAACUGUGUUAUCGAUGAUCGAUGGGUUUGUAAGAUUUCAGACUAUGGUUUACAAUCCUAUAGAAAAGAGGAUUCGGGGAUGAAUUCCAGUAUUGCUCAUCAAGUAUAUUUGGCUCCUGAAGCUCUCUCCAUGCCAAACUUUGAACCAACCCCUGCUGCAGAUGUGUAUAGCUAUGCUAUCAUUCUUUUAGAAAUAGCAACAAGAAGUGAUCCAUCACUGAAGGAUGAUACACAUUCAGAAAAAUAUUCUUUGUGCCUCCCUUUGGCAGAACUAAUAUCUGAAAAAUCUGAAAAUGCUUGUCCCUGUGCCACAGAAUAUAUAGAGCUCAUCCGGAAAUGUAGAAAAGGCAAUCCAUCACAAAGACUUACUUUUGAGCAAGUGAGGAAAUUGUUAUGUAAAAUGAACCCAAACAAAGUUAGUCCAGUUGACAUGAUGAUGACUUUGAUGGAGAAAUACAGCAAGCACCUGGAAGUGUUAGUGGCGGAAAGAACACAGGAUUUAACAUAUGAAAAACAGAAGACAGACCGUUUGCUGUAUAGUAUGUUGCCAAAACAGGUUGCAGAUGAUUUAAGGCAGGGGAAACCACCACAGGCCCAAAGUUAUGUAAAUUCCACCAUAUUUUUCAGUGACAUUGUUGGCUUCACGCAGCUCUCCAGCACCAGUACACCUUACCAGGUCGUGGACUUUUUAAACAAACUCUACACCACUUUUGAUGAAAUCAUAGAUAAUUAUGAUGUCUACAAAGUUGAAACUAUAGGAGAUGCCUAUAUGGUAGUAUCGGGAGUGCCAAGAGAAAAUGGCAUUUGUCAUGCCAGUGAAAUUGCAAGCAUGGCUCUGGAGCUUGUUUUGGUGUGCAAAACAUUUAAGAUUCCACACAAGCCUGAGACUCAGCUUAAAAUCCGAGCAGGAAUCCACUCAGGUCCAGUUGUGGCAGGAAUUGUUGGAACCAAAAUGCCACGGUAUUGCCUAUUUGGGGACACAGUCAACACGGCCUCCAGGAUGGAAUCUACCAGUGAAGCUCUCAAGAUACAGUGCAGUUCAACCACAUACCAGCUGCUGCAACAGAUUGGAGAGUAUGUAUUGGUGUGCCGGGGGAAUUUGCAAAUCAAGGGAAAAGGUGAUAUGGUAACAUAUUGGCUGGAAGGGAAAAAGUCUGGAAUAAUUCAGAAGAGAUUAAGCCCAUCUGCGACCUCUGAAGCUAUUAGCCAGAUUGGUUUUGGUAUCAUUCCUGGUGUUGUAUAGAACGAUCCAUUUUCAAAUCCAUUCGAAAAAAAUAUUAUCAGA